AUGACCUCCAUGGGGAUGUUUUUUGUGUUCAUGCGAUUCCUGGCGCGGUGGAAAAAGGGUCUGUCUAUUGGGGCGGACGACUAUGCCAUCCUCUUAUCUACAAUAUUUCUUCUAGCAUCCUUGAUCUUCUAUAGCAUGGGUCGACAUGCGGCCACCCUACCGACUGAGAAUACCGUGACUAUCCUGCUCAUGCCCUUUGAGUGCAUUUACGGUACCACAAUAGACAUCAUCAAGGCCUCAAUCUUGCUCAUGUAUUCCCGAAUCUUUCCCACCCGGAACUUCCGCAUUGCCUCCAUCAUCCUCAAUGGCAUCCCCAUCGGUUGGGUCAUUGCGAUCAUCUGCGUGAGUGUCUUCCAAUGUGAUCCAAUCGCCAAGACAUUGGAUGUGGUAUUUACCAGCGCCUUCCGCUUCUCUACGCUCUCCAGAUUCCAGCCCGUCGAUGCACCGUGGACUCUCGCAAAGGCUUGCAUAUGGUGCCUGAUUGAAUGUUCCAGUGGAAUUAUUUCUUCCUGCCUGCCGACCUUACGGCCGUUGUUUGUGGUGCUCUCCGCCAAGUUAGCUAGCACUCCACGCUGCCGCAGUCGUCCAUCUAAAUUCAAGGCCUCUGCGCUUAUGAGCCUUGAUAACCCAGUUCUGCGGUCACCUAGCGAGCAUCUGUCCAAGCAAAAUGUACAUUUAGAAGCGAGCCAACUCGACGAUGCUUUUAGAAAAUGA